AUGCCCGUGUCCGAUGAAGAUGAAGAAGCACGUUUGGAGCAGCUGGUGCAGAAGUACAAGGGCCCACUGUCUUUCUGCUUGUCAGUGUGGACGGUGUUUGUGUGGACGGGUCAAACUGUUGUCAGCUGCAAAAUCUUCAGAUCCUAUUCGCUUCUACGUUCUGAGCUUCAGAAUGUCCUCUUGAGAGCUUUCCAGAAAUUAAAGGUGGACCCUUCCUUGGGCGCAGCAGCUUCCACAACCGCAUCUUCAUCUACGACUUCGGCGUCCGGCAAGACCAAGGGGAAGAAAGGUAAAGAGGAUGGUGGAGUGGCUGCUAUGCCUGCUUUGGAAUUGGCUCAGAGGCUUUGCGCAAGCUUCUCAGGCGAAGCGACCUCAGUGGCCGUUGACGAGACUGGCGACGAUGAUGAAGAUGCAGCACUGAACCGCAUCAUGACCAUUAUGAAGCAGAAGAAGGACUCCAUUGCACAACCUCUCCAGAAGUUUGUGAAAGAGUCGCUACACCUGCCCAUGACUCUUCACAGGGCAGUGUUGAACACAAUUCAAGAAGUGGCAAUGUUGGGGGCUGAAUCCGCCGCCGAGUCCAGCCAGCGACAAUCUUCUUCCGCUUCUACACCUUCUCUCUCCAAGAAAAUGCAGCAGCGGGACAUCAUGGAUUUGCUUAGCCUGAUCAAGAAGAACAUGGAAAGCCAUACUCCUUGCACAUGGUUCUUGUUCGCUAUGGAUGUGACUGAGCUCUAUGGUGCCCGAGGCUUCUUCCCACACGGAACGCAGGAGGUUUUCUUGUCGCCAAAUCAAUUGGAAGAGCUUCUGUGCUUGAGAUGUCGCUACGUCAUCUUCAUUGCUGCAGAGGUCAAGAAUUCUUUCAGUCACAUCAUCAAUUUGCCAGAGAACGUGAAGUCCUUGAUCGAAGGCUUGGCCUCGCUCUUGAAGAUCUUUGCAACAGGCAGCGGUGCCAGGAAACAGGCAAGUAUUGCUGACUCGGCUGAAGAGGAUUUGAAUUACUACGCUGUGGCAAGCCAAUUGAACCAGUUUGACAACUUGCAGCCGCCUUCAUCCUGGGUGUCAUCGUGGGCAACUUUGUUUGCUUCAGCGUCCAACUUGAAAGAUUUGCAGCUCUGGCUCCAGGACCAGAUUGGAUCUUCUGGAGAGCCAAGCCUGAAUCCUUUCUACAACGUCAACGUGGGUCGGAUGGACCAAGUGUCAUUGCAAAAGCAACCCGAUGACCAGAAUGGGGCAGACUCAGCCGAGGUUGAGGUGGCCAAGGGUGGAAAGGCAAAGACUUUGGACGAAACAGACCAAGAGAAGGGCAAGACAGGAGAAGCUGGGGCUCAGCAGGUUUCUGAGGAGAAAGCGGAGAAAGCCGGAGAACUUUCUAUUACCAAGCUUACCAACAUGGUCUGCGUUGAGACUGUGAAUGCAUUCCACGAUAUCACAAACAACAACAAAGACUCCUCUACUCUUUUGCACCUCUCCCAGGAAGCACAAGCUCUCGGCAUUGAUUUCCGAGAAGCUUUCACGGCCGAUGGAAUGAAGGUGUUGGAAAACAAAAUGGCCACGGUCAUGUGGAAGUCUUUUCGGAAGUACUCGACCCAGAACUCGGCUGUUUUCGUGAAUAUGCAGGCUGAGGAUUCGAAAGGCCGAGUGCUAGUGAAAAGGCCUGUUCCUGACACCCUCCAACUCCCAUUUGCUGGGCCGAUUUCUCAAAGCCAGCAAGUGACCAAAGAUGGAAAAGGGUUCUUUCUUUGCCGGAUAUUUGGCAUUCCAUUUUACGCGCCCCACCAACCUUCGGAUGUGAUGCUGCAUGAUGUGAUGGUUCCAGCUUGGGCAGUGAGAAACGCGUCCAAGGCAGACCAAGCCUUCUUUGUUCAGGCCAGCGUGAUGGCAUACAUACCUGAGUGCAUCUCCUCACCAACCCUUUUGGAUGUCGAGCUCAUGUUUGUGGGCUGUGACAUGGACAAGGAUGCAGUGGCCAAUCCUUACUCAAGAGUAUGCUUUGUGGAUUUCGACGUGAACUACCUGAUGCCUUCAACCCUCAUUGAAGAGAGUUUGGCAGCGCAGCACGAGCGCAACAAGGAAAAGGCAGACAAGUUGGCAAAGUCAAUGAUCAAAACCACCCUCAAGCAGCAGAGCAAGGCUCAGAAGCAAAACUCCAGCAAGAAGGGCGCAGGACGAGGAGGUGGCCGCAAGCGCAAAUCGGCUGAGAUGAGCGACAGUGAUCAAGAAACAAAUACUGUCAACGUUGAGGCCCAGGCUGCUAAGGAUGCUGCAUCCAUUUUGGAGAAAGCUGAACAGCAGCAGGGGAAACUUGACAGCCUCUUGGCAGACCAUUUGAAUCAAAUCAAGAUUCCGGAUUACAUCCCCAUCACCCGUCUUGCCACGGUCGAGGAGAAACAAGCAAGGUCAGCAAGGGGCUUGGUUAUCCAAGCUGCACUGGCGCAAGCAGAAGCAGUGAAGGCAGAAGCACAGCAACUUGCCAAAAGCCAGAAACCCAAGAAGGAUGAAUCGCAAGAUGCUGUUGCUCCGCAGCUUGGCAUUCGCGCUUAUGCUGAAUCCUUUGCAAAAAAGACGACUCCUGAUUCGGGCAAGGGCAACCAGAAGGGUUCGAAAGGAAAAGGUCGUGCCUCCGGGAACAACAACAAUGCCGAGGACAAGGACGCCGCCGCGCUUGAGGUAAUGAAGCUUGGUCGGCGUCUACUGAAGUGA